CGAACCGAAAUUACUCAAGGCAACCAAGCUAAUGGCACUCACUCGGUCGCGGGCGUCGACGACGCCGUUAGCGCAUCCUGCACCUCCAGCGCCCCCUAUGAGCUCCGUGUCCAUCCCCAUCCGCUUCCAGUGCCCUCUGUGUCUGGACGUGCUGCGUCGUCCCAUUCAAUUGCCCUGUUGCCAACGUUACCUCUGUAUGGAGUGCUUCGAGCGUGGCUUGGAGCUCACAAGCGUCAACUGCGGCUUCUGUCGCCGUCGCGUCGUCGGGUUCGCGCGUACCAAGCAAUACAAGGUGGACGAAGCUAUGUGGACAGCCAUUAAGACUCAGUGUCCGUUUUUAGGCGACAUCGCAGACGACAGAGAGCCGCUGGUCGAGUUCUUCGAUGAGAACGCUCCUCCAUUGCAUAAUAGCGGCGAGGAUCGUCCUACUACUGCAAGCGACGAAAGCUCCGGAGAGUUCAAAGCCUUCUACGAACAACAACUUCGCCAGCAUCAAUCCCAGGUCCACGAGGCGGAGCAACGCGCACUGGAGCAAACGAUCGAGUUCCUGGAGAACGAUAUGGAGUUUUCUGCAUCCCUGGCUGCGUCUCCAGCGUCCUCCACGUCCUCGUCGUCAUCGGAUCCUUCACUUCCCAGAGCUAAGAAGAUGAAGGUAACAACUCCAUCGAUGACGACCAGAAGUUCAAGUCACCGACCUGUCACACGCUCAUUGAGCUCAGUGGACGACAAACAGCCCAAACUGGACAACUUUUUCGGGUCCUCAAGGGCUUCUUCGAGUCAUUCAGGACACAACUUACGUCAUGCGCAUUCUACGAACGCCGGGCUCUCGUCUCCCCGUGCUACGACGCACUUGAAUGUCGAUGAGCCACACAGAAAGUAUUUCCUGCGCAGCGCAUCGCACAGCCCGACUCCGACUAAGCAGAGACGACAAGUAGGUAAAGGACGCAAGCCACUUCUUCAGCUCACGCUGGGCACGACGAUCUCUCCGAUUGCAUCACACACCCGUAGUCGAGACCUCAUGCGUGCAAGCUCAGCUGACUCCGAGGAGUCUACCAAGAUGCUGACACGUCAAGGACGACGGAGGAGCUCCUGGAAGUGUGUCCAGUGUACCUACACGAACACGUGCUUCGACAGUCGAUGCAGUAUGUGCCGUAGUCUACCUCCUACUGAAGCGCACAUUUCCCUCAGCUCACACUAA